AUGAACAUUGCGGCCCCAACCUUCAACGCGCUUAAUAAGCCUCAAAAGCGCGCUCUAAUCUUGCGAGAUCAACUCCGCUUCAUCGACCCGCAACAUCUAAAUGGGUUCCUAGAAGGAGUCAGUGAAGACGAGCCACCGACGUACACAAAAGUCAAUGGUGUCAUCCAACCUAAACUCACCCUGGUCACACUCAAGGCAGAAGCCACACACUUUGACCUUGGAAAUGUGUUGCUCCCUGAGGAAAAGAAUUCCAUCUAUCGGGUCCAUCUGGUGGUCAAUAAUGGCCAUAUAGAGAUGCGCGCCGAAGAUCCGCUUCCACAAGACGACGGCGCUCUUGACUCUGUACCCAUUCAUGGCUUCAUUGCUAAAGGCAUGGUGCCUUUGUUCAGGGACAAGUUCCAUGCUAUCUAUUCCCGAAUGAACAAGAUCAAUGAAGCUAGGCGGACAGCUUACAACAUGGCGAACCGGGCGCCAACGCCCGUUCACGAUGGAGAUACUCUCACAAGACUUGAUCCUCCCAAGCGUGAGCAAAGCCAGCCAGCUUCACAGUUAAAUCAGAGUAGGUCAUACCAGGUCAAGCAGCAUAUUUCCAACAAGCGCAAGCGCACAGGUCUUGACACCAUCCCCGAAGAUACAAAGAGCAGGAUAUUCGACACCAUUCCAAGCGACAUCAAAGUCAAUCUCUUUAACAGUAUCGUGGAAGCCGCCAUUCCAAACUUUGACAAUGUGAUGAUGGCAUCCUGGAAUGUCGUAUCCAUCUACUCCGCCUGCGAGAGCGACUUCCCCGACCUCCACCGGUCAAUUGUUACCUUGAAGAGCGUACUCCAGGAUUUCGACGAACCAUUCGGUAAACGCGUUGAUAGAGAGACCCCGAAGUACCGGCACGAUUUCUGCGGUUGUACACAGGGUGACGAAAAUGGAGGUAGUGAUGGGGACUGCACACCGGACAAGCAUAGACACGACGGUAGAACUCGCUCCAUCUCACACGCCCCUGUCAACAAUGAGAACGCUGGAGGAAUAGUACAUCAGCCAGGGAGUCUAAAUGUUGAUCAAAACAUCCCUAAGCAGAAGGACAUCGCCGCACCAAACGACGGCACUGAGCAAACCAGCGAUGAAGAAAAACCAAACACAUCAUCCCCCUUCCAACCACACCGCCCCGCAAAUUUGUCAGAUAGAGAAGCACGAGAAAUCACCCAAGACGCAACACAAACUUCUCACAUGAAUCCUCAUCCUGUUUCCACACCAGUCCCAUUCAGCCCCAAGUUCCCAUCCAGAAAAUGCAUCAACACCCGUUCUGCCACACCUAACAUCAGACUUCAGAAUUUUGGCACGCCAGUAUAUUCCCGCGAGGACUUGAAUAGCAGAGUUUCUCUGCCUGUGAACCAUUCAACUCGUUCCACGCCUGCGCCUAGACAGAGCACAUCGGGUACGGCGCCUGUGGCGAAUAUGGUGCCGAAUGGGCAGAAGAAGAAGGAUGAGAGGGAUGCGAGGGGCGAACAGUAG